AUGGCUAGCCACAGCAGCAGGUACAGCAACAGCAUCCUCAACAGGAAGAAUCAAAAAUUAAGAAAAUAUUUGCUCAAUUAUUGGCAAAUUAAGAAUCUGCAAGGGCUGGCAACCUUCUCUCUCCAUAAGACUGCUAUAAAGAAUCUUGAGGUUCAGAUGGGACAGCUAGCUUCUCAAAUGAAUGUCCUUAUAAGUAAUAGCCUUCCAAGUGACACUAUUCCUAAUCCAAAGAGGGAUAAUAAGGAGUGUAAAGCAGUCAACUUAAGGAGUGGCAAGGUCCUUCCUGACAGUUUUGGUCCUGGUAAAGUUACUAAAAAAGCUCAAAAUGACGUGGCAAUUGAUCUUGAUAAGGGUGAAAUAGGGCAUGAAGAGCCCAUCUCUGAGGAUGAUAACAAGAAGAGAAAGCAAGCUAAGAAGGACAUGGUGGAUGUGGUAAAAGGCAAGUAUGUAACUUUUGAUGUUACGGAGGAAAAGAAGAGGAAGACGUUGACCUCUCCUACUAAAUAUGUGCCACUGCCACCUUUUCCUCAAAGACUUAAGAAACAGCAAGAGGAUGGCCAAUUCAAGAAAUUUCUUGAGAUGUUUAAACAGCUGCACGUAAAUAUACCUUUGGUGGAAGCACUAGAACAAAUGCCAAAGUAUGCUAAAUUCAUGAAGAAUGUCUUGACAAAGAAGAGGCGGUUUACUGAAUAUGAAACUAUAGUAGUGACUAAGAGUUUCACGGAUGUCAUCAAGCAAAUUCCCCCUAAGCAAAAGGAUUCGAGAAGUUUCUCUAUUUGUUGUUACACUGGAAAUAAGUUCAUGGGGCAAGCUUUAUGCGAUUUGGGAGCUAGUGUAAAUCUGAUGCCACUUUCAGUUUUUAAUAAGUUAGAGUUUGGUGAAGCUAGACCAACCACUAUUACUUUACAACUAGCUUAUCAAAGCAUGUCGUAUCCUCAAAAGAUCAUUGAAGAUGUGUUGGUGAAGGUCAACAUAUUUAUAUUCUCUGUUGACUUUAUUGUGCUUGACUUUGAGGCUGAUAAAGAAAUGCCUUUACUCCUGGGGAGACCAUGUUUGGCAACUGCUAGAAUCCUUAUUGAUGUUGAAAAAGGGGAAUUAACUUUGAUGGUUAAUGAUGAACAUGUAACAUUCAACAUGUACUAUUUGAUGAAAGCCCCAAGCCGUCAUGAGCAGUGUUCUUUUAUAAGCAUUGUUGAUCAGAUUGUGCAAGGUGAUUUCAACAAAUCAAUGUCUGAGGACCCUCUUGAGGCUGUAUUGUGGGGGCUUGAAAUAGAUGAUACAGAAGUAGCAGAGGUAUUGGCAUUGAUGAAUGCUUCGUCUUCUUACUCCAAGGGCCGAGCAUACUUUGAAACUCUAGAUCUUUCAUCUCUAGAAAGACCAACUUUGAAGCCAUCUCUUGAAGAGCCUCCAACACUUGAACUCAAGACCUUACCUUCUCAUUUAUAA